CGGGAGGACUGCCCCCCUCCUCCUCCUCCUCUCACCGCUCCCUUCUACUUUGAGGAUCCAGUUUUGUUUUAAAAUUUUUCCCCCCAAUCUUGCGGUGGCUUGCUUGGGUCACCCUCCGGUGUUUUGUUUUUUGUGUUUUUUUUUUUUAAUUUUUAUUUUGUUUUGAUCUUGUUUCCUCGGGGUUGCCCCCCUCUUGUUUGUGUUGUGUGUGGAAAUGGCGAACUCGGCAAAUACAAACACCGUGCCUAAAUUAUACAGAUCUGUGAUUGAAGAUGUUAUUAAUGAUGUGAGAGACAUCUUUUUGGAUGAUGGAGUCGAUGAACAAGUUCUGAUGGAACUAAAAACUCUAUGGGAGAAUAAACUAAUGCAGUCUAGGGCAGUAGAUGGAUUUCAUUCAGAAGAGCAGCAGCUUUUAUUGCAAGUUCAGCAGCAGCAUCAAACCCAGCAGCAGCAGCAUCACCAUCACCACCACCACCAGCAAGCUCAACCGCAGCCUACGGUACCUCAGCAAGCGCAGACUCAGCAGGUCCUUAUUCCUGCGUCUCAGCAAGCUGCAGCACCCCAAGUUAUUGUUCCUGAUUCUAAGCUGAUACAGCAUAUGAAUGCAUCAAACAUGAGUGCUGCUGCUACAGCUGCUACCUUGGCACUCCCUGCAGGUGUGACUCCUGUUCAACAGAUAUUAACAAAUUCAGGCCAGCUUCUUCAAGUGGUCAGAGCAGCCAACGGUGCUCAGUACAUCUUUCAGCCUCAGCAGUCCGUGGUUCUGCAGCAACAGGUGAUACCACAGAUGCAGCCUGGUGGAGUACAGGCUCCUGUUAUUCAGCAGGUACUAGCUCCUCUUCCUGGAGGGAUUUCACCACAGACAGGUGUCAUUAUCCAGCCUCAGCAAAUCUUAUUUACAGGAAAUAAGACUCAAGUUAUACCUACAACAGUGGCGGCACCUACACCAGCACAAGCACAGAUAACUGCAACUGGCCAACAGCAACCACAGGCCCAGCCUACUCAGCAGCAGGCUCCGUUGGUGUUACAAGUUGAUGGAACUGGGGAUACAUCAUCUGAAGAAGAUGAAGAAGAAGAAGAAGACUAUGAUGAUGAUGAGGAGGAAGACAAAGAGAAAGAUGGAGCUGAAGACGGGCAGGUAGAAGAGGAGCCCCUCAAUAGUGAAGAUGAUGUGAGUGAUGAGGAAGGACAGGAACUCUUUGAUACAGAAAAUGUUGUUGUAUGCCAAUAUGAUAAGAUACACAGAAGUAAAAACAAAUGGAAAUUUCAUCUCAAGGAUGGCAUUAUGAAUCUUAAUGGAAGAGAUUAUAUAUUUUCCAAAGCCAUUGGAGAUGCAGAAUGGUGAAGAGUUGGUUCAUUUCUUUUAUAAAUAAAACGAAAGAAACUUAAAAAAAAAAUUAAAGUGGACAGUUUGAAACUUGGGACAUAAUCCAACCAAAACUUAACUUCUGCAUGUCAGAAAAAGCGCAGUAGAAGCAAAGCUACUGGAACAAAGAGAUCUUGACAACAUAGACACUACUUCUAACUGGCAAGCCAUGGAACUGUAGCACCUGGGGUUGUUGGGGGAAAGGGUGGUUGGCAUUUUGUGUAGGAAAACCCUAAUUGUCAAUUUUAAAUACAGGUACCUGCCACUGGUAAUUAGCAUGUAAAGCUUUGUCUAUAUUCCUUCCUCCAACUUGGGUUCAAUCAGAAAAUACUGGUUAGAAUGAACUGAAGGAACUUCCCUUUUCAUAGAUUGAAAUGAAACUCCUUACUGUAUGUGGUUAUAUUUGGUAAAAAUUGCGUGUGAGCUUUUUACAAAAGGGCAAGAAUUAUGGUGUUGAAUUUUAAUUCACUUGUGUAAGGAAACAAUUAGAACUCUCAUAAUAGGUCUUAAAUGUUUUUACUUGCUGUUCCCCUCAGUAAUAUAUACCUCUUCCUUCCCUGCUUUACGAAACAUCUAUUUAAAAGUUAAAGGGAGUAAUCAGUGACCACAGUUUGGAGACAGAAUUUGACCCAGGAAUUGAUACUUAUUUUAAUUAGGUUUUCGUACUCAUUAAACUAGGGUCUUAUCUAAGCAGAAUUCAAAUGACAACUUCAGUUUCCUUGCAGAAAAGUUGUAAUUGUUUCUUUUAGCCCCACACCUUAAAAGAAACCCUAAAGUGGCUCCUUAGAAAUACGGUUUUAUUUCACAAAGGUACCAUUAAGCUGAAAUUAUAUACACAUGAAUGGAUACAGAUUUUUUUCCUGUUGGGCUGAAGUGUAUGCUUAUAUACGUGUUUAGUCUUUAAGCCAAACACACGUUCAUAUAACAUUCUGUUCAUUGAAGCGUUGCACAGGUGAUGAGGACCUGGAUUUUUAUUAAACGAUUUAGUAAUUAUACAAGUUUCUUGUGUUUACUAGUAAAGAAUUAUAAAACUAUUAUUUUAAUUGAACAAAUUUUUUAAAAUGCAACUUUGUAAUUUGAAGGGCAAUUUUGGGGAUAGAGGGGGGUGGGCCACUAAGUACAUAUUUACCUCUUUCAUUUGGUGGCCCUUCUCGGCCAUUGAUAAUAUUAAACAUGGGCUUUAGUUUGCACAUCGGGGAAAAAAGCAUAUAAAUUUGACUUAUAUUAAAAAUAAUAGAAACUUAAUAUGUAUAUUAAGAAUGCAUAGCUCUGUAUUCUAUAAGGGGCUCUAAAAUACAACAUGGCAGUGCUGUGUUCAGUGUGCGCUAGUUGCCCGGGAGAGCUGUAGGAACACUGAUCUUCACCUUGGUUCUUACAGCUAAUUCUUUUCAUGGUUUAUCUUGACAGAAUUCACAUGUGUUUAAGUUACUUUUGUAUAAUGAUUUUUUUAAAAGUCUUCCAUUUUUGUCUUAUUUGCCUUUGUGUUUCCAGAAGUAACAUAGAAACACUUUAAAGUACAUUGCAAAGAAAAACUGUGAGCUUAUUAUAUAUUUUUUCUUUUUUUAA